CAACCAGUCUCGGGCAUUCUGUUGUAGGAACAGAAAAUAGACCGAGACCCAGAAUAAGCCAGUUGUUCACAGUGAAAACUAGAGCUAACAAACAGGAAAUAUAUGGUGGCCGAUUAAGUCUUUGGUCACCUGUCUUGUGUUUUGUGCUGUUACACCAGGAUGUCUGAGACUGGGUAAUUUAUAAAGAACAAAGGCUUAGUUCUCACAGCUCUGCCCAAACAGCAUGGGAGUGAGGUGGCCAAGAGUCAUGGGGCCCUCUGUCAGGGUCCCCAAGACCAUCCAAGGCUCAGGGACUCACAGGAGGACUCAGACUGAGCAGACAGUCAGCAGACACAGACCAAACAGCAGAUGGCGCAUGGGGUGCAGUCUGGGCACAUGAGGGGAGCAGCUUCCCAGAGGCCUCCUCCAGUGCAGUCACAGGACAUAGUUCUUCCAACAUGAAGUUUGUGACGACCCAUGUGACAUGUUGUGUACUGGGGAAAGCUCACUAGAGACAGCAGUCGGGAUUGUCACUGGGGCUGGUCACAUAGGCACCCUCUGCCUAGGACACAUGCAAAUUCCAUGCUCCCAGAAGGAAAGCAGGGGUUUAGCCCAAACAGUACCCUUAGCACAGUCCAGCCACUGGGAAUGGUGGGGACCUCUCUGAUGUUCCCAGAUGCCUGUGGGGGGCUGCCUGCCCAUGGUCUUUCUAAGGGCAGCAGCGUCUGGCCUGUCCCGUUAGCUCUGUGGCACAGACCCUGGUCCAGAAGGCCAGGAAAAACUGUAAAUUGUUUUCUAAGAGAGAUCUUGGAGGGUGUCUGAGAUAUUCCUGAGAAGGAGUGACUAUGGUGGGCCAGAGCCACAAGUUAGCUCAGGAGGAGAGGCUGUGGGCUGCUCACUGGGCUGUACAAGUGGCCAGGGUCUCAGAGUAAGCUGGGGAGGCAAAGGCCACAGCCUCUGACCACCUUUGGGCUUCUGGACUGCUGGACAACAGGCAGGCAGUCACCAGAGGCUGUCCAGAGCCAGAUCUGUGGAGGGAACCCACUGUUUACCGGUUCAGAGAGAGCAGAGGGCUGGGGCUGUGACUGUGUGAUGCUGGCUCUCAGUUGUUGGGGGUGGCAGGCCCAGUUGGCAGUGGGAGGUGACAAGGCCACCAGUUAGUAGCAGUGACAGGUUAUUUUUCUUGCUUUGUUUUGUUUUUGUUUUUUGAGACAAGGUCUCACUAUGUAGUUUGGCUGGCCUUGAACUCACUGUAUAGCCCCAGGCUGGCCUCAAAUUUGAGGAGAUUCUUCUGCCUCAGCCUCCUGAAUGCUGGGAUUACAGGAGUGUUCCACCAUGCCCAGCUCAGUGACAGUUUUUAAAAUCACUGAUUUGAGUAGACAAAACAAGUCAGUAGAUCAUCUUCAUUCCUUUAUUAGGAGUGUCUUCAUUUUCUUUAAUAAUUCUCAUAAAUGGUUAAUAUUUGUUUCUGAAUCAGAAGACCCAAUCUAAUCAUUUAUAUUCUGUUUGCUUCAUUUGCACGAGAUUAAUUUUUCCAUAAUUUUAAAUUCAUGCCUAUCAGACGCUGGUCAUUUUCUAGGGUUUCAUGGCUGUCCUAAAGUCCAUGAAUGACUUUUUCAAGUAAGAAAGAAAUGUUGCUUUUGUCUAAAGAGCCACAAGAUAGCAGAAUGAGUAUAGAAGUGAUGAGUGUAGAGUGUGAAGCUCUCCAGGGGUGCUGGAUUUUCAGAGUACUUCUCUAAGAAAUGCACAGAAUGACGCAGCUUCCAGCCCAAGGGAAGAAGGUGAAGUUACAUGAGGUUUUUAUCACCCACCUCAUGCCCCACUCUGAGUGGUACUUAGAGGAGGAAUGUAAACAUUUUAUGAGUUUGAUCCUGACUGUUGUAUCAUGUCUGCUAAAAGGUAUAGUGUUCAGCAAGGUUGGUCAUCCCUAAUCCAAACACAUGAAAUCUAAAAUGCUCCAAAAUCCAAAACUUUUGAGCACCAUGACACCAUGCAUGGAGAAUCCCAAACCUGGUAGGUCACAGUUAAAAUACACUCAAAAUACUGUCUAAAAUCACCUUCCAGUUAUGUGUAUGGGGUGCAUAUGAAACAAAUAAAUUUCAUUUAUAGACUUGGGUGCCAACUCCAGGAUAUGUCGUUUGUAUAUGCAAAUACUCCAGAAUUGAAAAUCCAGAACCCGUCUGAUCUGGGUCAACCUUGGUAGCCCUUGCAAUUGGUUAUAUUUUUAAACUCCUUUUUUUAAUGUUGUAGUGCCAGGGGCCUGGGUCCUUGCACAUUCACAGUGAAGUAUGCUUAUGAAUACAAAUGAAUCUAAUGUGGUACAUUUAGGGCUGGGUGGGCUACAGGGCAUGCGACUGUCAUAUUAGUUUUCUGGGACCACCAUGACUUAGGACCACAAGCCUUUCUUCUCUCACUAGUUCUAGAAGCCAGAAACCUGAAAUCAAGGUGUCAGCAGGGCUAUGCUCCCUGUGAAGGCUCCAGGGAAGGGUCCUCCUUGCCUCUUCAGCUUAUGGUGACUGCACGUGCUCCUUAGCUUAUGUCUGCCUCCAUCUGCACAUGGCCUCCCGAUAUGUUUUUAUCUCCACAUCCCUUCUUGUGCCCAUCAGCUUCAAAGACUUGGCCGUGCGGUUCUCUGAAGAGGAGUGGCGGCUCCUGGAGGAGGGGCAGCGGGAGUUCUACCGGGAUGUGAUGCGGGAGAACUACGAGGCACUGGUCUCUGUGGGGACAGCCGAGCUGCUCCCCCUCUCUGCUUUCCUGUCACCCACAGAGCCUAGAGGAGCAGCAGGGGCAGGGAGCUGCACUGAGGAGGGGCAGGAGCCUCCUGUGGGGAGAAGCCCCCAGGGAGGACAGCCGCAGCACAGCCUGCACCUCACCGCCCUGGUUCAGCUGGUGAAGGAGAUUCCAGAAUUCUUGUUUGGGGAACUCAAGGGCACCGAGGAUAGCCCUGAGAGUGGGGCAGCCAUCCUGGAUGGGGACAGAGCAAGCCUGGGAGCAGCUGUGGCAGUGGGCACUUACCCUCUCCGAGGCCUGCUCAGCUGCCUUCCGGACAGCCCUGUGAGCCGGCCCAGCCUUGCCACCACGCCUACCAGCAGCUCAUCCUUUAAUGGUCCACCUGGAGAUGGAGGCCAGGGAAGCCCCUUCCCCAUCAAAACUGUGGACAAAUCAUGGCCCACAGGGAAGGAAGGCCCAGGAGCCCCAAAUACAGAGCUGAACACUCCCACCGAGAGCCCUGGCCCGAGGAAGAGCCGCCAAAGACAGGAGAGAGGCACUGUGGGGACAGGAGUCUCUCCUGGGACCAGCCCCUUGCAAGGCCUCAUCAACUGCCUGACAGAAAUCCUCGUGCCUGGGCCCCAGCACCCUGACGCAGCCCUGGGCUCAGUACCUCCUCUCCCAAGCCUGGGUACAUCGAGGCAGACCAGAAUGGACUUGGGGCCAGGAAGCCUGCCCUGGCCAGUGAAGACCGAGGCCUCCUCGGGGCACUGUCCCCUCCAGGGUCUGCUGAACUGUCUGAAGGAGAUCCCGGAGACCCAGGACAGGCGACCCAGCCCCUCAAGAGCAGGGCACCCACGGGUGCAGGAGGAUCCAGAGCCCUGGAAGAGGAAUUCUGGAGGGUCCAGACGCCUCCAGACCCCGCCUCACCCUGCCAGUCCUGGAGCUGGUGGCACCCUCACUGUGCUGAAGGUGGAGGACGGUUGCGCCCAGAGCCCUCUGGUUCCUGCAUCCUGCCAACUCAGCAGGCAGGGCCACAGCCCCUUUGCCACCAGAGACACCAGAGGGGUCCGUGUGCCAGGCUGGGGCCCUGAAGCUCAAGGCUCUGCUGUCACCAUGCUGCUCUCCACAGAUCCCACCAGGGAGCCAUGUGGACCUCUGGGUCCCACCAAGCCCUCAGCUCUCCGAGGGACCCCCACCAGCUUCUCCUCGGGCAGCAGCACCGACGGGGUCACGGACUUUGGAAGCCCCGGGGGGAGCCAGGGCCAGCGUCCUGGCAAAGGGUGCCUGCCGGGGAGCUCCCCACUCCAGGGCCUGGAGAACUGCCUCAGGGAGAUCUCCAGGCCCAGGCCGCAGCCUGCCCAGCCCUGCUUCUCUGCAGCAGACAGGAGGCUGAGGAGAGCGGAGGCCAGAAACUGGAUGGCAUACAAGGAAGGACUGAGAGGUGAGGCCUGUGAGCCAGCCCACCUUGGACAGGGAGGAAGAGAAGUGCCCACCCAGAGCCCCUGCCUGGCCGGCCCACAGGACGUCCCCUCCAGUUGUGUCCCUGCCUGCCACCAGGAAGGGCUCAAAGACCAGGGAGCCACUAGGCCAGGACUGUGGAGGUGGCCACAAGAUGGUAAUGGGGUGGUUGCCCGGCCCUCCCCACUGCACUGCCUGGAGAGCUCUCUGCGGGGGAUCCUCCCAGCCAGGCCCUUGCGCUUCACCUGCCUGGCGGGCCCCAGCCCUGGCCUGGGCCCCAGCUCCAGCUCCAGCCUCUGCAGCUCCGAUGGAGAAGACCCAAGGCCAGAGCCCGAGCUCUGGCAGCCACCCCUCCAGGAGAGAGGCCACCUUCCCAGCCACAAGCAUCCAGUCCCUCUGUCCCCUGGCCCCAGCGAGUCCCCCAUAGACAGCAGUGACAGCAUCCCUGGGGAUGACCCUGAAAGAAGAGAGCCCCAGGACUGCAGCAGCCUCAGGGCAGGAGGAAAAGCAGAAGAGGAGAUGGGAGGCAGGUCCCUGUCACUCAGGAGAGAAGAGGGGGCAGAGAGUGCCUGUCAGCCUGGCCUUCUCAGCAGUGCCGCAGCCAGAGGAGGAGCAGAACCAGCUGGCCCGCCCUGGCCUGCCCCUCCACCAAAGAAGAGGCCCAGGCCCAGGGCUACUGAGGACCCCAGGGACCUGGAGCCUGGGUAUGGAAGACCUAGUGUUGCAGCCAGGACCCAAGGGAGGGUGCUCUCUGGGGACCCACCCAAGCUGCCCAGCAAUUCUCCACCUCCGGCAGCCAUCUCACCUGCAUGGCCAGCCGCCUCCCCCCAGCCACCAUGCCCCUGUGGGAGGCCCCUACAACAAGAGCUGCACAGCCUCGGUGCUGCCCUCACAGAGAAGCUGGACCAGCUUGCCGCAGCCCUGGCAGGGCUGGCUCAGGAAGUGGCCACCAUGAGGACACAGGACUCUGGAAACUGUACCUGUACCCAUGGCACCUGGGAAGGCUGGCUGCUGGAGGCUGCACUGGAAGCUCUGCUGUCAGAGCCCUGGGGACCUGAAGUACUCAUGUGGAAGCCCCAGGUGAUGUGGGUUUCUGUCCAUUGUGACCACAAGCAGCUCCUCAUGGCUGCCUGCACAUCUUUAACAUCAGUGUCACUGGAGACAUUUGCGCCUAGGUGUCCCUUACAAGGAAGGGCACGUGGCCCUGUCUGGGGUGUGGGGGGCAAAGCCCCUGCUCCUGGCUUCCUGAUGGGUGACUGAGCAGCAGAGAGGAGAGGGGUCACUCACAAAGGGGGCAUCUUCAGGACUAGAGGAAAUCUUGAGAAAUUAAUAUUCUAAAGAUCACAUCAGCAGGAAGUUGAUGGAAACAAGCAGCUGCUUCCCUCGCCCAUGCAGAUAGCAAAGAACAGGGCAGGCCACAGCUCCCCACUCCUGAGGAGCUCAGCAGCCACCUCACCUCUUCCAGAUCAGCCAGGGACAGCUUGUGCUGUAGGAAAAGCAGGGUGAGGGAGAGAGGAAGAGAGGCACCUGGGGAGGAGGGUGAAGGGGCCCCCAGGAGGAGAGGGUUCUGUCCUCAGCCUCCCUGCCUCCCUCUGCCCUCCCUGCUAAGAAGCGAAGCUGUGGGGCAGUGGGAAGGGCCCAACAUUAUGUCUGUGUGCCAUGGCAAGGUAGCUUUGCUCUGUGGCCAGCACACAGCCAUUUGGCACACAGAGGUUAGCAGGCAUGCUCUGCAUCCUGACUCUCGCUCAGCAGAGGUGGGAGACAGCCUAACUCUGAGCUGGGCAUGGCCCAUCAUCCUCUGGCACAGCUACUUCCUCCUGUGCCUGCAUGUGACAGGUGAAAGUCAGGACUGAGCCCAGUCUAGGCAGUGCAGAGCCAGGCAGGCCAUAAACUAUGUUCAGCAGAAGUUCAAGACUGGAAUGUGAAUAAAAUGCAUGCCAAAAAGCUCUGAGUUGUGAGCAGGAAGUAGAUCUCCAGGUCCUGUGGCUGCCACAGCUGUUCACUGAAAAGCCUUCUAGAAUCUUUGGUGCAAAAUCUAUAUGCAGUUGAGGUCCUUGGUACCAUGUCCAACUCCAGCUCCUGUCCAGGAGAGGCCUGGAGAGGAAAUGCAGCCACUUGAUGGGAGGAACUGGAGGACGUUUAUGAACUCAGUGGAGUUCCAGGAGCCUGGUGGGGGUGGGGGGUGGGGAGUAGGGUGACAGAGAAGGCUCCAGGUCUGCCUGCUGCCAUCCUGGGAAGUGGCCAAAGUACAGGCCACUACUGGCUGACCUGGGUGUGGUGGACCUUCCCUCCUCCCCACACAGCUCACAUUGGGGUUCCACUGCCAGCCCAAGUCCUGGUUCCCCAUGAGGCAGCAAAGUGCGAAGGUCCUGCUUCAGAGGUGAGGGGGCUCCCUAUGUCCCAGUGUCACCAGUCCACCCAGAGGGCUCUGAUGGAAGGGAGGCUGGAAUAGGGGAGAACAGGGACCACAGUUUACUUCCUGUGACUCCCUGUGAUUCAGUGUUCCCUCAUGAAGGGGCUUGGUGCACUGGAAGGUCAGUGCCCAACCCCAUUUCAGAGGGAAAGAGCUGGCAGAAGAAGGGACGCUGUUCCAGCACCUCUGAGCCAUCUGCAGGAAAGGGAAGAAACUACAAAUCAAAGGUAUAACUGGCUGUGGAAAAGGGCUGAGAGGAAAACUGAGAAGCCACGAAGUCCUCCCUCCUGUCGCUUCACAAGGACCGCUUGGUUCAAACACUCCACUGUCCUGUGAAUGAAGUCAUCCUGUGUAUGUCAUCGGGUGUGAGACACAUACCUGCAUUAGUAUUGCCAGGUCCCUCUUCCUGGAGUGUAGCCUGACUUUCAGCCACCUUGCUAAAAGGUAGGGACAGGGCCGUGUCCUUCAGAUCCUCCCCAUUGGCCACAGAGUCAAGCCCAUACCUGGGGUACAUGCAGAGCCUCCCACCCACUGUCUGCCGCUUGGUCCAACAAACUCAUGGCUCACUGGGUUCUCCUGCAGAGCUGGGGCUCUUGUCAGUCUGAACUGCUCCAGACUCCUCCUGCAUACUCGAGCCCAUCUUCUUUGCUAUUUUCCUGCCGGAAAUAUUCUCUCUCCAUUACCAAAUUUCAUUUGUCAAAGCCCAACGUGUUUCCCACCUCCACCCCACAGUCAGAAGUGAUAACACCAACAACAAUGAUGGCUCAUGUUUAUUAACCACUCACUGUGUCUAGGAAACGGUGGGAAGGACCUUGAAGGUGUUGACUCCUCAUGUAGUAAAAUUUACUACGUCCACUUAACAGGUUCAGAACCUGAACAUCUGAGCAGUUCAGCAACUUGUCCCAAGUUGCACAUCCAAGAAGUAGAACACAAGGUUAAAAUCCAGGUCUGAUGCCAGGUGUGGUGGCUCACUCCUUUAAUCCCAGCACUUAGGAGGCUCAGGCAGAAGGAUUGCUGAGAGUUCAAGGCCACCCUGGGCUACAUAGUUCAAGGCCCAUAUGCACAGUGAGACCCAGUCUCAAAACCAAAAACUCCUCAGGUCUGACCACAGCUCCCUUAUUCUCAGCUGCUCUCUGCUGCCCCAGUUAGCUUAGCCUGGCCUAAGUGUUUGUACUCCCUAUGGUGUUUCAUAUAUACAAUUCUAAUUACUGGACAACCAGUGCACUGUGUGAGGCACAGUAUUGAAUUUAGACAACUUUUUACUGUUUGAUAUUUGGCUUACAGUGAACAAUUCUGUGCCCAUGGCUUGCUUACUAAUUUGAAAUCCCCAGAAAUAGGCUCACUGAGUUAUGUUCAUGUUAGGGAUCUGGAUAGGGAAAGUCAAAUUGCUCCCCAAAAGAAUUUUCCCAUUAACUGUAGAGCUGUAUUAAUCCUACAAAUUAUGUCAAAUGAUACAAUUGAUCAUUUUUUUCUUUCAAACCUAAAGAAAAUGUGAAAUAAUAGUACAACAAAUAUCCAUAUACAUGGAUACACUUUACUUAUAAUUCAUUAGUAAUUAAUAGUUGACCAGUUUCUCUCUUUCUCUCCUUCCUUUCUUCCUCAUAUAUAGGUAUCUUUCAUUUGCUGAGCUACCUGUAGAUUUAUUGCAGGCCUUAUGACACUUCACUCCUUCCUAGGAGCAAUACAUAAUCACAUACACCCUAGGAGCAAUCAUUUUAUAAAUAAUCAUACUACUACUAACACUCCUGAGAAAUUUUACAUAUAUGUAUAUAUCACUGCAUAUUUCAUAGUUCAUGUUCAAAUUUCCGCAAUUGUCCCAAUAAUCACUUUAUAAUUUCUUUCUGUUCGAGUUCCAACUAAGGAUCAUGCAUUCCAUUUGAUCAUCAUAUCUCUUGAACUUUUAAUCUGCAACCAUCUCCUAUCCCUUUAGUUCAUAGCAUUAACAUUUCUUAAUAAGUCAGAGCAUUUGUACAGUGUCCUAUUGUCUGGAUUUAUCAAAUUGUUUCUUCGUGAUUGGAUUCAGUUUAAACAUUUUUAGCAAGAAUACUACACAGAUGAUUAUCUAAUCCUUCAUACUAUUUCACAUCCGGAAGUGUUAUGGCUUAAAUGUGCAGUACAUCCUAAAGAUUUGUGUACUGAGGAUGUUAACCAAUUAGCAAUUAGUUCAUUGUUGAGUUCAUAACUGAACGGUCUAUAAGAGAUGGGGCCCAGUUGGAAGAACUAGAACACUGCAAGCAUAAUUUUGAAGAGUAUAUCUUGUCUCUGGCCCCUUCUUCUCUCUCUGGCUCUUCCUCACUCUCCCUUUCUCUGCUUCCUAACUGCCAUGAGCUCAGCAGCUUUCCUCCACCAUGACGUUUCUACAUCAGGAGCCAUCCAACUGUGGACUGAAACUUAUAAAACUGCCAGCCAAAAUAAACUCAUCUCCUUUAAGUUGUGUACGCCAGGUAUUUUGUCCCAACAACACAAAGCUAAUACAGAAAACUGGUACCAGGAGUGGGGUUGUUGAUGUGACUACCUGACCAGGUGGUUCAGAAGCUUUUGGUUCUGACUUGUGGGAGAAGUUUGGAAAAGUUUGGAGAUGGAGGCCACAGAAGCUCUAGAAUGAUAUAAGUGAAAGAUAGUGGAAGUUCUGAGCCCAGAAGACCAUAAUGCGGAUAGGAAUGUGGACAGUAAAGACUUUCCUUUGAGGUUUGGUCUGUUUUGGUGGGAACAGGAUUCAGAAACCAGAGUCAAGUGUCAGGUGUGCAGCCUUCAGCUGGUAUGUCAUUGCUUCUGAGGGGACUAUCACCUGCAUCCUCUAAGCCUCAGGGUAUUGCCCAUUCACUGCCUUGAACAUUAGUCUUGAUGAGUUUUCCAGAGCCCAAGUAGCAGUGCCAAAAUUUGAAGGUGCUUAAGCAACCUGUAAUCUCCAUGAGAUCCCUUUUAACCACUCCUUGAUGUCCUUACUCUUUGCUAAGGACAAUGUACAUUUUAAAAUCUUAUAUAAAAUAUGCAGAAACCCAUCGGUAAAAACCUUUGGUAUUUUUACUCAUCAGUGCCAUUGAAACUUACAUCACCCUAGAACUUAAAGAUCAUCUUCUCCUUUGACCACUAUUAAAACUGCAGUGACCACCAUAAUCCAUCCAU